CAGACACCUGUUUUUUGCAUUUGACUUUUUUAAUAUGUGUUCUGCCUACAAUCUUCCUCACCUGCUAUUAUGAUUCUUUCACAAAACCCAUCUCAAAUUUUUGUUAAAGUUGACAUUUUUAUGCCAAGAUUUAAUUAGGGUCUAUUUAAUAAUCAAGAAAAUGGGGGGUUUUUGGAAAAACCCAUUUAAAGAAGUUACAAAUUCAAAGCCACUUUUCUUGACAGUGUAUGGUACUGUGUUGAUCGGAAUUAUAUUCUCUGCUAUUUAUGUCUUUUCCGCCGUUUACUCGCCGGAUUCCGCCUUUUCUUGGUCCCAAUCUCAACAUGUGGCACCUCCUUUCACUAAUCAAACACUUGAUUCUACUUCAUUAAGAAUUGGUGGUGGUGUAAUGGCACCUAUGGCUCAGCCCGAAAGUGGGAAAUUAAAAUCCAUUUGGACAAAGCCCCCACCGGGUUCAAAGAUGCCUUCAUUGGAGACGUUCCGUUUAACAAAAGAAUUGGUACAAGAAAGGGUGAAGGAUAAUGUUAUUGUUGCAACUUUUGGUAACUAUGCUUUCAUGGAUUUUAUCCUUACAUGGGUUAAACACUUGACCGAUUUGGGUGUUGAGAAUCUUCUUGUCGGUGCAAUGGACACAAAACUAUUGGAGGCUUUGUACUGGAAGGGUGUACCGGUUUUUGAUAUGGGAAGUCAUAUGAGCACAAUAGAUGUUGGAUGGGGCUCACCAACUUUUCAUAAAAUGGGAAGGGAAAAAGUCAUUCUCAUUGAUUCAAUGUUACCUUUUGGUUAUGAAUUACUUAUGUGUGAUACCGAUAUGGUCUGGUUAAAGAAUCCACUUCCAUAUCUUGCACGUUAUCCCGAAGCAGAUGUGUUGACCUCAACCGACCAAGUUACACCAACAGUAACUGAUGACCGGUUGGACAUGUGGCAACAAGUUGGAGGUGCAUACAAUAUCGGUAUUUUUCACUGGCGGCCAACAGAUGCUGCAAAAAAAUUGGCCAACGAAUGGAAAGAUAUGCUUUUAAAUGAUGAUAAAAUAUGGGAUCAGAAUGGUUUCAAUGAUCUCGUGCAUAGGCAAUUGGGGCCAGCCGUCGAUGAUGAAAGUGGACUUGUUUAUGCUUAUGAUGGAAGUUUAAAACUUGGACUUCUACCUGCAAGUAUAUUUUGUAGUGGUCAUACCUACUUUGUUCAGGCUAUGUAUCAACAACUCAGAUUGGAGCCAUAUGCUGUGCAUACCACUUUCCAAUAUGCAGGAACAGAAGGCAAGCGUCACCGCUUACGUGAAGCUAUGGUUUUUUAUGAUCAACCAGAAUAUUAUGACGCACCAGGAGGUUUCUUGACAUUCAAGCCAUCCAUUCCAAAAAGCUUAUUAUUAGACGGGGAGCAUAAUCUUGAAACACAUUUCACUCUUGUUAAUUAUCAAAUGAAGCAAAUAAGGACUGCCCUUGCCAUGGCAUCAGUUUUAAAUCGUACAUUGGUUAUGCCUCCAUUAUGGUGUAGGCUGGAUAGAUUAUGGUUUCCACAUCCUGGAGUUCUUGCUGGGUCGAUGACAAGACAACCGUUCAUCUGUCCUUUGGACCAUGUAUUUGAGGUGCACACAAUGUUGAAGGCAUUGCCCGAAGAAGAAUUUGGUCCGGGAAUUAAUAUAAGAGAGUAUUCUUUCUUUGACAAUGCAUUGAUGCCUGCACAGGUGAAGGAUUCAUGGCUUGAUGUACAGUUAUGUCAAGAAGGAUCAGAAAAUUGUCAACUAAAUGUUACAAGUAGAAACGGAGUACUCAGAUUUCCUAGACACAGCAAUGAAGAGAAGCUGAAAACAGCUUUCUCACCAUUAAAGAAUGUCAAAGUCAUCCAAUUUUCAUCAAUGCAAGAUGCCUUCUUAGGGUUCACCGACAAGGCUAGGGAAGAAAAAUUCAGACACCGGGUGAAGCAAUAUGUUGGAAUAUGGUGUUGUGUGGACGGUCAUACUCCGGGUCACAUAUAUUAUGACAUGUAUUGGGAUGAGAAACCCGAUUGGAAGCCUCUACCUCCCCAAACCCCAGAAGAUGAUCACCCGCAUUGGUGACUUUAAGCAUUCCGGAUCAAUGGCACAGAGAGUUCAUGGCUUCCCUGAUGUCUAAUCGAGUCCUAACCCCAGUUUAGAUCAAUAGGCCUUGUGAACCAUGUUUAUAGAUCUGUAGUUUCACGUAUACACAGAGUGAGAGGUCAUUGAGGGAUCAGGUUUUGAUAUUGUAGCUUGUGAAACAAAAGUUGCAUUAUAUUAUGGGAUUAUGGACUUCAACUUCGAGAAGGAUGUAACCUUUAUUUUCCCUGUAACAGCGAAGAGAGCAAACGACAGCAGCAGCAGCAAGUAAAAGCGUUUUGUAUAUGAACUAUUUUGUUGGGAAUCAACCAAUAAUUUUAUCGAUAUUUUGUUAUUUCAGUCUAAACUGUCCAACUUACUUUUAACGAUUAGUAUUUAAAUACAUUUUGAUCA